GAGCCGAGCAGCAGCCAGAUACAAUGUCACCGGAAGUAAUAGGAAGGUAGAAGAAAACAGUCCAAAUAUGGAAGAAAUAGAAUUAAGAUACAACGAAAGAGAAGUCACGGGUGCUGGUGAUUCAGGUAUAACAGAGGCAGGAGACACGACAGAAGAUGAGGAGGACGAAGACUUACAAGCAAUCAUCUGGAAGAAAAUCUUCCAGAGGACAGGAAUUCUUAGCGCAUUCUUCAAGAGGAACAGAAAGACUCUGAAGGAUAUCUUCCUCGUUUUACUUAUAUGCCUGUAUUCCGCCUACCUCAUUGCUGCGUGCAUCAUCGACUUCGAAGCGGUCAUCCUCGUCAUCAUCACGAGUAUAACCGUGGUCGUAUACAGCUAUGUCCUGAUCAGGGAUACUAAAGGGGAGGUCAUUGAUGACCGCUGCAUUAAACCGAUGUGGAGAGCGAUUGAACGGAAAUGGACCUACUUAAAAUGGCCCUUGAUGGUUGCAUCACUUGUAGGAUUCGGAGUUGUGUUGUACUUAGUGACAAGAAACAAUCCCAUCCAACUCAUCUCAUUCGCAGGGCUGGUCCUUCUAAUUCUAUUAUGUUAUUUUACGUCAACAAAUCCAAACAAGGUAUUGUGGAGACCGGUCAUAUGGGGCUUAGUCCUGCAAUUCCUUCUGGGCUUCUUUGUCCUACGUACCUACGUCGGGUUGGUCAUCUUUGAGAGGCUUAACACGGUGAUCGUACGGCUCUUCAGUUAUUCCUCUGCUGGUGCCAUCUUCCUCUUCGGCGAAGGGUAUCAGGAACACUUCUUCGCUUUCGCCGUGUUACCCAUAGUGUUCUACUUUAGCGCCCUCAUCGGCAUACUCUACUACUGGGGGAUCAUGCAGGUAUUGAUUCAGAAGAUGGCCUGGCUCAUGCAGAGGACCAUGAAGACUACUGCCAUCGAAUCCAUCAACGCCGCUGGAAACAUCUUCUUCGGCCUGAGUGAGUCUUCCGUGAUGAUCGCGCCUUACCUAGAGGUUAUGACCAAAUCGGAGCUCCAUGCCGUAAUGACGGGAGGUUUGGCCACAGUAGCAGGGGCCACGCUCGGUGGAUACAUCUUCGCUGGGAUUGACCCUUCACACCUGAUAGCUGCAUCGGUGAUGUCGGCGCCGGCAGCCCUGGCUAUAUCCAAGCUGGCAUUCCCGGAGACCGAGAAGUCAAAACUCGUUACGGAGAGCGACGUUGAGCUUCCGAAAGGAACUGAGCGCAACGUGGUUGAAGCAGCAGCAAACGGAGCAGCACUGGGUAUAUCAAUCGUCCUCAACAUCGCUGCCAAUCUUGUGGCAUUUCUAUCCAUCCUAGCCCUCGUCAACGCACUCCUCGGAUACUUUGGAGGACUUGUUGGUUAUCCGGAGUUAACCUUUGAGUUGAUCUGUUCCUACGUCUUCAUGCCCCUGGCCUUCAUGAUGGGGGUGGAAUGGUCGGACUGUCAGGUGGUGGCAGAGUUGAUCGGUCUCAAGACGUUCCUGAACGAAUUCUAUGCUUACGGUGUCAUGGGGGAGUACAUCAGAAACAGAGCAACGGGAAAUGGACCAACUUUGUCUGUACGUUCAGAAGUUAUUGCGACUUACGCCCUCUGCGGCUUCUCAAAUAUAGGCUCGGUAGGAAUGAUCUUGGGCAUCCUAACCCCACUGGCACCCAACCAGACUAAGAUCCUGUCCCCGGUGGCCCUGCGUGCCCUCUUCGCUGGAUCCGUUGCUUGUUUCACCACGGCUUGUAUUGCAGGAAUCCUAUACGUACCCGAAGACGUCCUGGUAACCAACUCGACUUCGAUGCCGGAGAUGACCACCGUAUAUUGAAAGGGGAGAGGGGAAUGAUGAGCGGUACCGCUGCUGAGGCUGGUGAAACGGUUCUUGCAUAUUUCCCAUCACUUCUGCGUACAUGGUUUCUCCUAUAUAUCAGGACCCCGUUUCAUGAAAGAAUCAGAACAGUUGUAAAUCAGUCAUCAUGUCAACUGGGGGCCGUUUCAUAAAGCUGUUCGAGAGUUAAGAGCAACUUUAAGAACGACUGGUGAUCCUUUCUUACU